AUGGCCGCGCUGCGACAAGCUUCAACGGCACUCCGGUUGCUGUUCGUGGCUGCGGUGAUCCGGUUGCUGUUCGUGCCCGUGGUGAGCAGCACCGUCGCCUCCAUGGUGGUUCCGGCGAUCUUUGUGUUCGGCGACUCUACUGCUGAUGUGGGGAACAACAACUACUUGCCGGGGACCAGCGCCAGGGCUGAUUUUCCUCACAAUGGCGUCGACUUCCCCGGCGGUGAGCCGACGGGCAGGUUUAGCAACGGCUUCAUUGGCGCCGAUUUCUUGGUUGUGAAAUUUGCAGCUGUCCACAUGGGCUUCAGCGGGAGCCCACCGCCGUACCUCUCUCUCAUCGCCGGCAGUGGCGAGGCAUUGGGCAACACGACGACGAAGAAGCCGGUAGCCGCUUCUGCCUCCAUGAGAGGAGCCAGUUUUGCCUCUGGAGGCUCCGGUGUUCUUGACUCCACGGGAGACACGAUCAACAUGACGAAGCAGAUCGAGUACUUCUCGGAUCUCAAAGACCAGAUGCUGUCAGCCAGACUGGGUGCCUUCGGUGCGUCGGCCUUCCUGUCCAAGUCCAUCUUCCUCAUCAGCGCGGGCUCGAACGACGCCAUCGACUUCUUCUCGCAGGACACGUCGCCGGACUCCACCGCGCUCCAGCAGUUCCGGGAAGCCGUGGUCUCCACGUACGACAGCCAUGUCAAAACGCUGUACAACCUGGGGGCGAGGAAGUUCGCGGUGAUCGACGUGGCGCCGAUCGGGUGCUGCCCGUACUGGAGGAGCCGGAACCCGGCCGGGGAGUGCGUCGAGCCGCUGAACCGGCUAGCGAAGAGCCUCAACGAUGGGAUCCGGGACCUGUUCGCCGGCCUCGUCUCCGAGAUGCAGGGCAUGGAGUACGCCAUUGGCAGCGCCUACGAGCUCGUCUCCAGCAUCGUCGAAGACCCGCAGUCUGCAGGGUUGACGGAGUUGAAGAGCGCAUGCUGCGGCGGCGGCGGCAGGUUCAACGCCGACGGUGGGUGCACCCCCAGCGCCGGCUACUGCGGCGACCGCGGCAGGUUCCUCUUCUGGGACUUCCUGCACCCUACGCAGGCCACCUCCAGGCUCGCCGGCCGAGCGUUCUUCGACGGGCCGGAGCGAUUCGUCGGCCCGAUCACCUUCAGGCAGCUGGCCGAGGCGUAG